ACCACCAGCGGGGAUCAAUGUGCGGGCGACCUCAUCUCUGGCAACAUGGCUGUCAUCCACAACACAGCCAACUCAUACGUCUGCUUCCCCAAAGCAAAGACAGACUCGACGUCGGCGUUCGACGCCAGGGACACCGACGCCGACAACGUCUGUCCCUUCGUCCGCGACGACAGCAAAUCCCCCAUCACCCUCUUCGGGCCCAACAACGAACUCCUCACCACUUCCUCCCCACAAGGCCCCAUGUCAGGCCACAUGGUCCUCUGCCUCGAAAAGAACUUCAAAGGCUACUGCGCCAUAACCAACCACCUCAACAUGUGCGCCAAUUUCCCGGACAAGUACUUCCACAAGACGUCCUCCAUCUUCCAGAUCGAGGGCGAGGGCGACAUCGUCCAGUGCUUCUACUACGAGACCGCGAACUGCAAGGGCAAGAACGCCUUCGGCGGCGUCGACUCGACGUAUUUUAGAAUGCAGGCCAGGGACCUCAAGAGGUGGGACAAGAAGUUGGGGAGUGCUGGGUGCCAGAAGGAUUUGGGGCCGCCGAGCCCGCUGAUUGAGCAGAAUUGGGAUAGGGAGGCUUCGUUGAGGAGGGGGUUUUGGAGGAGGGAGGGUUAGGUGGUUGGGUGGUUUUUGUUCUUGGGUCUUCGCUGUUUCGAUUCUGUUCGUUUUUCAUUUUCUUUAAGUUCGUAGGCUUAUCAUGAGAAAUUUCGAGGUUUUGGUAGAAGAUGUGCUUGUUCACUCCACUCGUUCUAUCCGGGCUUCAGAUCCCAUAGAGGCAAGAAGAGAAAAGGGGGAAAUGGAACUUUCGUUUCUGUGUCAUGGUCAGUGUUCAUGUAUUCUGCUGCUACUGCCGGGAGAUUUUGGUGGAAAGAUCAAAGAACAGAUAAGGUGAGAAAAGAAUAA